AUGGCAUUUGGGCUCAUGGAGGUGCAGCUGGUGAAAGCAAGGGGUCUUCAAGAAACUGAUAUCUUUGCUCAUAUGGAUCCGUAUGUCCUGUUACAGUACAAAGGUCAAGAGCGCAAGAGCAGUGUAAUUCAUGCUUGGCAUGGAGAGGGGGGCAGAAAUCCUGUAUGGAAUGAGAAAUUUGUCUUCAGAGUGGAAUACCCCGGAUCUGGUGAUCAAUACAAGCUCAACCUUGUAAUCAUGGACAAGGAUGUAUUUUCUGCAGAUGACUUUGUUGGCCGGGCUACAGUUUAUGUAAAGGAUUUAUUGGCAGAAGGAACAGAGAAAGGAUCAGCUGAGCUUCGUACUCACAAGUAUAGUGUCGUUAGAGCUGACCAAUCUUACUGUGGAGAAAUUGAAGAAGAGGAAUAUGCUGCUGCUGCUGAUGAUGAUGUUGGAGGAUGGAAGCUAACCUUUUUCGCUGAAUUAGAAUCUUCACUCUUGAGGAGCAGAGACAUGGCAAUCGGUUUCAUGGAGGUGCAGCUUGUGAAAGCAAAAGGCCUGCGUAACACUGAUAUCUUUGGUAAAAUGGAUCCCUAUGUUCUGAUACAAUACAAAGAUCAAGAGAAAAGGAGCAGUGUCGCUAAUGGUCAGGGCAAGAAUCCGGUAUGGAAUGAAAAAUUUAUCUUCAUAGUGGAGUAUCCUGUUGGAUCAAACCAUCAAGACAAGAUCAUCUUCAAAAUUAUGGAUAAAGACUCGUGUAAAGACGACUUUGUUGGACAAGCCAUAAUUCAUGUGGGGGAUUUAUUGGCCCAAGGAGUAGAGAAUGGAGGAGCCAAGUUACAAACUGUCAAGUAUAGAGUGGUUCGUGCAAACAAGUCUUACUGCGGAGAAAUUGAUGUUGGUGUUACUUUUACUCCAAAGGUGGAAGACAAAUUUGUUGAAGAAGAGAUUGGAGGAUGGAAAGAAAGUGAUUAUUAUCUAUCAAGGCUAAUUAACAUAUGA